AUGGCUUCGAACCAAGAGGCUGCCAACGCGCUCAAGGCGCAGGGCAACAAGGCUUUUGCUCAGCAUGAGUGGGCAGUGGCUAUCGACUUUUAUACCCAGGCAAUCGAAAAAUACGACAAGGAGCCGUCCUUCUUCUGCAACCGUGCUCAGUCGGGUUUUGGUUUUGCACAGGCUCAGUUCAAACUCGAGGCAUUUGGAUAUGCUGUCGCUGACGCCACCUCGGCUUUGGAAUUGGACCCGAACUACGUCAAGGCCUACUGGAGACGUGCCCUUGCCAACACUGCCAUCUUGAGCUACAAGGAGGCCCUGAAGGAUUAUAAGGCGGUCGUGAAGCGUGAACCCGGCAACCAGACUGCGAAGUUGAAGCUGGCGGAGUGUGAGAAGCUGGUUCGCCGCAUAGAAUUUGAGAAAGCUAUUGAGGUUGCGGAUCCCCCGUCUGCGUUUGAGGGCUUGGAUAUCGAUGCGAUUAAGGUGGAGGAUGAAUACGAUGGAGUGCGCCUUGGCCAGGAGAUGACCCAGGAAUUUAUCGACGACAUGAUUGAAAGAUUUAAGAACGGCAAGAAUAUUCACCGCAAGUAUGUCCUGCAGAUUAUCAAGGCUACAAAGGAACUUGUCUACAACGAACCGACAAUGGUUGAGAUUGGUGUGGAAGAGGGCAAGAAAUUGACCGUCUGCGGUGAUACUCACGGCCAAUUCUUUGAUCUUCUAGAGAUCUUCCGUCGCAACGGUUCGCCUUCCGAUACCCAUGCCUAUCUUUUCAACGGUGACUUUGUCGAUCGCGGAUCAUGGUCGUGCGAGAUUGCCUUGCUUCUUUACUCAUACAAGUGGCUCCGACCGAACGGACUGUUCUUGAACCGCGGAAACCACGAAACAGACGACAUGAACAAGGUCUACGGAUUCGAGGGCGAGUGCAAGGCGAAGUACAACGAGCGGGUCUUCAAGGUCUUCUCUGAAUCAUUCUCGGCCCUUCCUCUGGCCACCUUGAUUGGUGGCAAGUACCUUGUCCUGCACGGUGGUCUCUUCUCCGAUGACAAGAUCACCUUGAACGACAUCCGGAAACUGAACCGUCACAACCAACGGCAACCCGGCCAGCAGGGUCUGAUGAUGGAGAUGCUCUGGACUGACCCCCAGACUCAGCCCGGUCGUGGACCUAGUAAGCGUGGUGUUGGUAUGCAGUUUGGUCCCGAUGUCACCAAGCGCUUCUGUGAGAACAACGGCCUGGAUGCCAUCAUCCGGUCACACGAGGUCCGUAUGGGCGGUUACGAGGUCGAGCACGAUGGACGUUGUAUCACUGUCUUCUCUGCCCCCCGUUACUGUGACUCAACCGAGAACAAGGGCGCGUAUAUUAAUAUUGGACCAGAGCUCAAGCUCUCUUAUGAGGUGUUUGAGGCUGUUCCUCACCCUGAUAUUAAGCCUAUGGCAUACGCACAGAACUCCAUUAUGUCACAAAUGAUGUGA